GCGCAGGGCGCGGCGCCCCGUGCCGCUGUCCCGCCGCAGUGCUGCCAGGCUCGCUCGUUUGCCGUCCCGUCAGGUAACGCCGCGCCCGGGGGGUGCCCAGGUUCGGUAACAGCCCUGUUUGUUCCAGGUCCGCAGCCACAGCGAGGAUGAACACGAAUUUCUUCCACAUAAUCAAAUCGAAAAAAGAACUCAUUCCCCUGGUUGGAGUCGUGUCUUUCGCAGCAGUUGGGGCUGUUGCUUUCUCUGCCUAUUCCCUCUUCAGCAAGUCUGAUGUGAUCAUUAACAAGACUGGCAAUCCAGAGCCAUGGGAAACUAUUGAUCCUACCCGGCCUCAGAAGCUAUUAACAAUCCAUCAGAAAUGGAAACCCAUAGAAGAGUUGGAAAACGUCAGAAAGCUUACAAAGUGACAAGUUUCUGUUGGCUCUAAAAGGUACUCUAUGAAUCUAGUGGAAUCACUUCUGCACAAACUUGACUACUGAAAUCAGUGUGCGGAAAUGCUUCUGCUACGUUUUUAGGGUCUCCCUACAUUUUUUGGACUCUGGAUGAGGAGUUUCAUUUUGCCUUAGAAGUUGGCAUACAACAUCCAUGUAGUCCAAAAACCUGUUUCAGAGCUCAUUUUCAGGUUGCAUUUGAUGUCAGAUAUUGAAGAUUCAGAUGGUAAUUACAUAUGGAAAAAACCUUCACCCUUUUUGUAGAAUUUUAUUAUCUCAAAAUACAUCAGUUUUGUAAUUUUACAGUGUUUUUUAAUAAAAUUGUUUAACCUUUGCAAUGUUAUAUGUAAAUUCCAUACAUGGGAAUUACCCAAAAGCCCUUCUAAAUUAAGAUUCUUGGUCUGCUCCCUCUUUAUCCUAUAUUUUAAUGCAGCAUGCAUAUUGUAUUCAGACUAAAUAGUCGUCAUAGCCAGAGGAUGUCUAUGUAUGGCAACAUAUGUCAUAAAAUAAACUUGUAUUUAUUUCCUACAUUAGAUGUGAUAACGUAAGAUGAAGUUAAGAUAAGGUUCUAUUCCUAAUACUAAAACUUGUACAUGUGCACAGCGUAAUCCACCAGGGAGUCUUAUAUGUUACUUGAGACUGCGGGAUUAACACAUAAGACUUUAGCAUGGCUAAAAGGGAUUUAGAAAUGAGAGAAUUUCUGUUAUAUUUAAAUAUUGCUCCUGUUUAAACUUAGAAAAAAAUGCUAGAAUUGGGAAACACACUACCCAAAACCACUUAUAAUGUUAAUUUCUUCAUCUUGUGGGAGGUAGUUCAAGCUUAAAUUUGCAGCACAGUUUUGGUGAUUUUUUUGUUUGUUUUGUUUGUAUUUAAAUAGAUAUUAGUGACCUCUGCUUUAACAAAGAGAAAAUAACACAGAUUAAAGUUAGGAAUGACUCCACAUAAAGACUUUCUCUUUAGUUUCCUUACAAGUGAAUUGGCUAGGGAAAGGAUGCCAUAAUCCCAACAAAUUAAUGAUCUAUGUAUAUCCAAUGGUGAAACAGUCCUUUUGUGGGUAUUUUCUGUAUGUUUUCCUUGCAAGCCUUUUCAUAUAUAUUACAUAGUUUCUUCUACACUGGAUGAUCAGAAUGCAUGUUAUUUGCUGAGAGGAAGAAAGCAAAACUGAAACAAGUUGAUUUGAGGAAAUCCCCUUUCAAGUGUGUAAUAGUGAGCCUAGUGCUGUAGCUUCCUCUGCUGUAGCAAAGACAAAACAAGUUAGUAAAACUGUCUCCAAAAUCUUAAGGUAGGUUGGCUUCAAAGACUUCAAGGUUUUUAAAGAAUUUUUUGAUGCUGAGAAGAAGUUAAAGAGUUACUUAUUCCACACUUGUGUGCAGAUACAGCAUAUUUAAUAUGUAAGUAUGACUCAGCAGCAUUUAUAUUUAAGAGUGAAAGGAACAACAGGACUUCAGAAUACAUGCUUAGCUUUCAUUUUAAGUCAUGACAUUACAAGACAAGCAGGUAGUAUAUAACUACAAAUAUCUAGUGUUCUGGGGAAUAAACUUUUAAUCAUUUAAAUAGAGAAAUGUUUCAAAAUAUUUUCUGUAAGUUACUGUGUAUUUACAUAUGUUGCUCUAUUACAUUAAAAGAUGUGCUGUGCUGUGCUCUAAGUUCAUGCAUGAAUUAAAUGAGUUUGUCCUUAAGUAAA